GCCAAAAUAUUGAAAAUUUGAUGUCUUACAAAUAAAGAGAAAGCGAAUUUUAGGAAGCGCGGGUCUUUCCUCUCCGAACUCUGUGAAGCAAAAACCAUGGGGGUGAAGGAUCUUCUGAAGCAAAUGAAGCCUUACAUUCAGACCGCGCAUAUCAAGAAAUAUGCAGGGAAAAGGGUGGGCAUUGAUGCUUAUUCAUGGCUUCAUAAAGGAGCCUAUUCAUGCAGCAUGGAGAUUUGUCAGGGUGGUGCUAAUGCAAGGAAUUCGAGGCUUCCCUACUUGCAGUAUUGCAUGAACAGGAUCAAUAUGCUUAGAUACUACAAUGUCGUUCCAGUAGUCGUUUUUGAUGGUGGUAGACUUCCAUCAAAAGCUGCCACAGAAGAAGAACGUCAGAGGAGAAGAGGUGCCAACCUGGAACAGGCUCAAGCUAAGUUAUCAGAGGGAGAUAUUAAUGGUGCUAUCGAAUUUUUCCAGAGAGCAGUGGAGAUUACACCAUUCAUGGCAGAUGAACUUAUCCAGAUUCUUAAAACAGAAGGUGUUGAGUUCGUUGUUGCUCCUUAUGAAGCUGAUUCUCAAUUGGCUUAUUUGUCCAUGUUGGACCCCAAAAAAGGGGGAUUAGAAGCAGUCAUCAGCGAGGACAGUGAUCUAAUGGCAUAUGGCUGCAAUGUGGUUAUAUAUAAAAUGGAUAAGUAUGGAGAUGGUGAAGAAGUUGCGAUGAACAAGGUUUUCAACUGGACACAUGUACCUGCCGGUAAACUUUCAUUCAGAGGCUUCAAUCAAGAAUUAUUUACAGGAAUGUGUGUCUUAGCUGGUUGUGACUUUCUGUCAUCUAUCAAUGGCAUAGGGAUCAAGCGAGCACAUUCUUUGGUAUCGAAGUAUAAAAAUUUAGAUCGGGUUCUUUCUGUCUUGCAAUUUGAUAAAACACAUCAGAUGCCUGAGGAUUAUGUCAACUCUUUCAAGAAGGCAACUGCAGUUUUCCGUUAUGCAAAAGUAUAUGAUGCAAACACGAGAUGCCUCUCAUUUCUGAGGCCACUACCACAAGGGUUUUUAGAAGCAUUUGAAGGCAAUGUGGAUUUCCUUGGCCCAGAUUUGCCUCCUUCAAUGGUAAUAGCCAUCGCUGAAGGGCGAAUGGAUCCGAUAUCCAUGGAAGCUUUUAACGAGUUUCAACAAAUUCCUUCACAAGGACACCAUCUACUCUCUACAAAUGAGAGUAUCACCUCCUGGAACAUGUCAAGUAGAUUACAGACUGGGAAAAAUGAAGCUUCUUUUGGAGCUGAAGAGAAGGGUUCUCAAAUCCUAAUACAUGCAUCAUACAGGAAUCGAGUGAACGAGGAACAAGAGUUGGAAGUUAUUUCCGAGGAAAAUGCAGAAGCAAAUUGUUUAUUACAGAGCCAAGACGCUUGCCCUUCCGAUCGGGCUAUAAUGACACAUUUCCGACUAAUAGCUGAACAUUCAUCCUUGAUUAAGGCAUCCCUCGCAAGUGAUCAUAAUGAGGAUAAUGAAAUGGAGAAAAAUGCUGGUGUUCUGGAGGUCAAAGGACAAAAAAGGGUUUUUCCUCCCAUUCCAGACAACAAUCCUUUCAAGAAAUCAAAACUAAUCGAUUCUGUUUCUCUUGGGCAUUGCAAAUCCUUGUCUCAGAAAGCUUCUCAUAAUGAUUUAGCUGCCACUCAUUUGUGUGAGAAAAGUGAAAUUCAAGUUGAAGGAAUCCACAAUGACAUAAUUUCCAACACGCAAUUGGACAUAAAUGAAAAAGAAUUUCCAUCUCCAAUGAACUUGGGUGAUCCUGAAGUUGUUUCACACAAUGUUUCUGCCAGCCCAGUUUUAGGAUUACAAGUCUCACAUGGGACACAAGUGAUGAAGCAGACAGCAACCCAGCCACGUGUAAGCAGAGGUCAUUCUCAAAACAUUAAAGCUCCCUUGAUUUCCUCGGCAUCUCCUACUCCAUUCAGCCAAACAUCAUCUCGCAUCAAGACCAAAACCAACACAAGAGGCAGCAAAUCUGGUAGCCAAAGCUUGUCCCCAAGGAGCAGUUGCAUAACAAAGUUCUUCACCACAAUCUGAAUAUAAUUGAUAUAGCAUAACGAAGUUCUUCACCACAAUCUGAAUAUAAUUGUAGUUACACAUGGGACUUGUACUAAUAUUUGAAAACACUUCACCCUUGGUUGUUUUGGCGCAAUGUCCACUCAUGUCUCACAGAUUGGGUGAGAGAUUUCAGUCGGGACAAUUGUAAUUUCAUCCGUGGGUUUCAUAACAUUAAUUCAUUUAUCUCAUAUUCACAAC